AUGGCCUCCUCUUCGAGCAACUCUGUCGCGGACGACACGUCGCCCAGCAAGUCCAAAUCGUCGGCCACCAGCCAUGUCGUCACCGAAGUCGACUCAGACAGCGCUCUGGUCAGCCCUGCCUCCGCGGAGCCCCUGGCGCCACCAGCCAAGUCCACCUGGUGGCGAUGGCUCGUUGGCCUCGUCUGGGACUCGGUCGAGGGCGAUGCACGCAACCGCCGCUAUGUCCAGAAGCUGGAUCUCUUUUUGUUCACCUACAUUUGCUUCGGCUACUUCAUCAAGUACCUCGACCAGCAAAACUACAGCAACGCCUUUGUCAGCGGCAUGCAGGCGGAUCUCGGGCUCUACGGCAACGAGCGCAACUGGAUCGUCACCUGGUUCAGCGUGGGCAUCAUGGUCGGCACCAUCCCGUCGCAGAUGAUCCAGCUCGAGUACGUCCGGCCCUCCAUCUGGAUCCCCGCCUGUGAGAUCGCCUGGUCCGUGCUCGUCAUGGCCAUGGCCGCCGUCAAGGACGUCAAGCAGCUGUACGUCCUGCGCUUCUUCGUCGGCCUGUUCGAGGCCUGCUCGUUCCCCGGCUACGCCGCCCUGCUCGGCGGCUGGUACGGACCUCGCGAGCUGACCAAGCGCGUCGCCAUCUUUGAGCAGUGCAGCGCCAUUGCCAGCAUGUUCAGCGGCUACAUCCAGGCCGGCCUGUACACGAGCAUGAACGGCGUGCACGGCCUGGCCGGCUGGCGCUGGCUGUUCAUCAUGGACGGCGUCAUCUCCAUCCCCAUUGCCGUCUGGGGCUUUUUUGCCAUCCCCGACCUGCCGCACACCACGCGCGCCUUUUACUGGACCAAGGACGACAAGGCCUACGGCGUGCAGCGCAUCGAGCGCAUCGGCCGCGGGGCGCCGCAGCGCCUGACCUGGUCCGGCAUCCGCCGCGUCUACACCGACUGGCGCCUCUGGGUCUUUUUGCUCGCCUACACGUUUGUCGCCAUGGCCGGCCAGGGCACCAACUACUUCAACCUGUGGCUCAAGGCCGUCGGCUACUCCGUCGUCCAGGUCAACGUGCUGCCCACGGCCGGCAACGCCGUCAGCAUCGUGGCCGCCUUUGUCUUUGGCAUCGUGGCCGACCGCACCGGCCGCCGCCGCGAGGCCCUGCUCGUCAUCCUCCUGGUCCUCUUCGUCUCCAACCUGCUGCUCUCUAUCUGGCACAUCCCCAAGGGGGCCAUCAUGGCCGCCAACUACCUGGCGUACAUAGGCUCCGCCGCCCAGCCCAUUGUCAUCGGCUGGGGCAACGAGCUCAACGGCCACGACUCCAACCUGCGCCAGCUGCUCGUCGCCACCGGCAACAUCUUUACCUACGCGCUGCAGAUUUUCAUCCCCGUCGUCCUCUUCCCCACCCAGGAUGCGCCGCACUACAAAUAUGGCUACCAGAUCCUGAUUCUGUUUGGGGGCCUCGGCACCAUUGGCACGUUUCUCUUGCAGUGGCAGCAGAACCGGCAGAGACGCCAAGGGGCGGUGGAGCAGGACGCCGCGGUUGUAGAGGCAGAGGCAUAG